AUGAUCUUAGGUCGCACAGCCCUUAGGACGGGCCUGCUCCUCACCCCCAUCACCCACACUAACCUCCUCACCCCCAUCACCCACACUAACCUCCUCACUCCCAUCACCCGCACUAACCUCCUCACCCCCAUCACCCGCACUAACCUCCUCACCCCCAUCACCCGCACUAACCUCCUCACCCCCAUCACCCGCACUAACCUCCUCACUCCCAUCACCCACACUAACCUCCUCACUCCCAUCACCCGCACUAACCUCCUCACCCCCAUCACCCGCACUAACCUCCUCACCCCCAUCACCCGCACUAACCUCCUCACCCCCAUCACCCGCACUAACCUCCUCACUCCCAUCACCCGCACUAACCUCCUCACUCCCAUCACCCGCACUAACCUCCUCACCCCCAUCACCCGCACUAACCUCCUCACUCCCAUCACCCGCACUAACCUCCUCACUCCCAUCACCCGCACUAACCUCCUCACUCCCAUCACCCGCACUAACCUCCUCACUCCCAUCACCCGCACUAACUCCUCACCCCAUCACCCGCACUAA